CGAAAGGCAACGACCAUGGACACGAUGAUGACGCUCGGCGCGGCCGCGUGGCGGGACCCCACGGUCGCCAGCAGUAUCUUGCGCGGUAUCUGGUUCACGCUGAGUGCCACGGCCCUCGCGAGCCUCGUGCUCCCGCCGUUGCAUGCGCUCUCGCUGCACGGCCGCUUCGCCAACACCGCUUCGUCGUGGCAGGUGUGGAAGGGCUACUUUGGCGUCUUCUACCUGAUCGGUUGGCUCUGGAACGGGCUCGUUCUUCUCUGCGCGUGGCACCCGCCGACGGCCCUAUCGCCUUUCUUGCCGCCGCAUCUCUCGACCAUCAAUGGCUCGACGCUGCUCGUGCUGCUCGUGCUGCAAUGCCACCUCUUCCGCCGCAUGAUGGAGAGCUGGGCCAUGACGGACUUUGGUGCGUCUACCAUGCACGCGUCGGCAUGUCUUCUUGGCGUCGGGCACUACGUUCUCGUGUCGCUCUCGGUCGUCUUGGACCCGGCUGCGUCGGCGCGCGACGACGAGACGUCGUACUUCGGCUAUAUGCUCGCGGGCGUUGGCCUCUUUCUCUAUGCGAGCGCCCACCAGAUGCGCUGCAAUGGCCUUCUGACGAACCUCAAGCGCACGAACCAAGGCGCGUACGGGCUCCCGUUCGGCGACUGGUUUGAUCACACGUGGAGUCCGCUCUACUUGGCCGAGAUUCUUAUUUACGCGUCGUUCGUGCUCGUCACCAGCGGCCGCAACGUGAACGUCGUCGCCCUUGCGUCUUGGGUCACCGUCAACCAAGCCAUUAGCGCUGCUCGCGCUGCUGCAUGGUACCAAGCGACGUUCCCGGCGGCCAAGACCCUCCACCGCGCGACCUUGGUCCCGCGUCUCUGGUAGUGAUGUCUGUCUCCAACUGUCAGCUAUCCACGAUCCAACUCUGCUAUCCAGUGGCGAUCCACUGUAUCCAACGUCUCUCGUCUGCGUUUCCUCUCAGCGCACGUCGUCAAGAGGCGCUGGCCCGGCUAUCUUCAAAGAGCAAUCUCAAUGUGAAAAAUGUAGUUUUUGCUGGUGA